GAUCAAAGGUAUGGUUUUAUUUCCUAUGGCUACAGGCACCAAGGCUUGCUAGAUUCUUAAUAUCCUGUUCAUGCAAGCUAGGAGAGUUGUCUGACAUAUCCCAACCAAUCCGCAUUAUCUUGAAUGCUGUUAAUCUCACCAAUGAGAAUCUAUUUCUAACAUUUCAUUAUGUCAAUUAGCCAAACCGCUGGUGCUGAUGGACGAUAAAGAGAGUCGAAUCACUUGUAAUAGCUGCCCCCAGAGGGUGGACUAUCUGAUUAAGUGCUCGCUGACCAGAGCCUCAAUGUAAAUGUCUAGUUAGGCAAUUGAUUGCCCCUAGAGGGUAGAUUGAACCGCCUAACUUACAGAUAAUAUCCAUCCUGUCUACAGGAAGGCAUUUUUGAAAUAAGUUAAAGCCAUGAUAACAGGGAGAGAAGAAACCGGCCUUAUGGGUCCUCAGGGAGCAGAAACCCAGUCUCUUUGCCAGUGAGAAAACAAAUUUGCAUAUAUGAAUAAUUAAGUAGAAGGAAUGCUCUGGGAAUCAAAGUGAAAUAUAGGCAUAACAGGCCUCCCUUAGAACUACAACUCCCAGAGGCCCUUGCCACUACCGCGAGGAACAGCACCCAAAGUCACGCGAAGAUGCAAUUUCUGCGUAUCCUCAGUCUUCUCCCGGGGGCGCCAUUUCCUGAGUUCUCCCGCCUUUACGCACUACCCUCUCUAAUUAGCGGUCGCGGAGGUUUCCAAGGUAACCUCGCAGUACGGCGGAUCUCAUUAGAAGGAAAGCAAAACCCGGAAGUGACGCUCUAACCGGGCGUCGGCGAUAAGAGGGUUCGAAGAUGGCGGCGCGCAAGGGUCGGCGGCGCAUGUGUGAAACCAGGGAACCCAUGGAGGCCGAGUCCCGCCACACAAGUUCCGAGGGCCCGGCCCAGGUCUACCUGCCCGGCCGGGGGCCGCCGCUACGCGAAGGGGAGGAGCUGGUCAUGGACGAGGAGGCCUAUGUGCUAUACCACCGAGCGCAGACUGGCGCUCCCUGUCUCAGCUUUGACAUAGUCCGGGAUCACCUGGGAGACAGCCGGACAGAGCUUCCUCUUACACUUUACCUGUGUGCUGGGACCCAGGCCGAGAGCGCCCAGAGCAACAGACUGAUGAUCCUUCGGAUGCACAAUCUGCAUGGAACUAAGCCCCCACCCUCAGACAGCAGUGAUGAAGAGGAGGAGGAAGAUGAAGAGGAUGAAGAAGAGCAGAAGCCUCAGCUGGAGCUGGCCAUGGUGCCCCACUAUGGUGGCAUCAACCGAGUUCGGGUAUCAUGGCUAGGUGAAGAGCCUGUGGCCGGGGUGUGGUCAGAGAAGGGCCAGGUGGAGGUGUUUGCGCUGCGGCGGCUUCUACAGGUGGUGGAGGACCCCCAGGCCCUGGCAGCCUUCCUCCGGGAUGAGCAGGCCCAAACGAAGCCCAUCUUCUCCUUUGCGGGGCACAUGGGCGAGGGCUUUGCCCUUGACUGGUCCCCCCGGGUGCCUGGUCGCCUGCUAACCGGUGACUGUCAAAAGAACAUCCACCUCUGGACACCCAGGGAUGGCGGCUCCUGGCACGUGGACCAGCGGCCAUUCAUGGGUCACACACGCUCUGUGGAGGACCUGCAAUGGUCACCGACCGAAGACACGGUGUUUGCCUCCUGCUCAGCUGACGCCUCCAUUCGCAUCUGGGACAUCCGGGCAGUCCCUAGCAAGGCCUGCAUGCUCACCACAGCCACCGCCCACGACGGGGAUGUCAACGUCAUCAGCUGGAGCCGCCGGGAGCCCUUCCUGCUUAGUGGCGGGGAUGAUGGGGCGCUCAAGAUCUGGGACCUUCGGCAGUUCAAGUCCGGCUCCCCCGUGGCCACCUUCAAGCAGCAUGUGGCCCCUGUGACCUCCGUCGAGUGGCACCCCCAGGACAGCGGGGUCUUUGCAGCCUCGGGUGCAGACAACCAGAUCACACAGUGGGACCUGGCAGUGGAGCAGGACCCUGAGGCUGGCGACACAGAGGCCGACCCCGGGCUGGCUGAUCUCCCGCAGCAGCUGCUGUUCGUGCACCAGGGCGAGACGGAGCUCAAGGAGCUGCACUGGCACCCACAGUGCCCGGGGCUCCUGGUCAGCACCGCGCUGUCGGGCUUCACCAUCUUCCGCACCAUCAGUGUCUGAGGUGCCCAGUGGCUCUGCUGCUCUUGCUUUCUGCUUGGAAACUGCUGUCAAGUUGGGCUCCCCGGGAAGGGGUUCCUUCAGGUCUGUUGACUGGGACUGGCCAGCCCGUGGGCUGCCAUGAAGGAUUCUGUUUGACAGAUUAUUCUCUAGAAGGCCUGGGUGUGAUGCAGUGACCCCUCUCACCAAAGAACUCAGUCUGACCGGGCUCUGUAAGGCCACUCGCUCCCAGAGCCUGGUGUGGCCUGCGUGUCGGUGGAUUCCUUCCUGUCAGCAUGACCCACUUGCCUCUGACCCAGAACCCAGGUUUUCACUGGUUUGUUUGAGACGGAGUCUUGCUCUGUCGCCCAGGCUGGAGUGCAGUGGCACGAUCUCGACUCACUGCAGCCUCCAUCUCCCGGGUUCAAGUGAUUCUCUUGCCUCAGCCUCCCGGGUAGCUGGGAUGACAGGCACCCGGCACCACGCCUGGUUAAUUUUUGUAUUUUUAGUAGAGAUGGGGUUCAGGCUGGUCUCGAACUCUUGACCUCAAGUGAUCCGCCUGCCCCAGCCUCUCAAAGUUCUGGAAUUCCAGGCGUGAGCCUCCGGCCCUGCUCAGGACCCAGUUUUGUCUGUUGGUCCCCAGCAGGGAACUCGGGGCUUAUGCAGUGAUGCAGUGGCCAUGUCAAAUGUGAGGUGUGGGUCCCUCCAACAUAAUUUGGUUCUGUCCCUUGUCUUCCCGCCAGCUGGGUUUGGCCAGGAUUUCCCAGUGUGGGGGCUACGUGCGGCCCCUCCUCUCCUCCCUGACUGGAGGCUGGUACUGUGUGGGAGGAAGCCGGGCUCCUGGGCAGCAGUAAACGACCAGGAAGAGGUC